UGCAGCACCGUCUCUGCCCCGCCAAUGUGCACCAUGGCUCUGUAUUUGCGGAGUGACAACCUGCCGCCGCAGUACAGCAGCUUUGAAGAAUCGACUUCCGUCCCCGCAGAGUGCCCGGUCGCGCCGGCCUCCCUCGCGGCUUUGGAAAAUACGGCAUCUGGAUUUGACAUUUACAGCACGGGCUCGGACUCCAUUGUCAACUCACCGUACUUU